AUGCCGAGGUACCCAGGUACCUCCGUCAUUCCACCGUGCUUGUGGCAGCUGCAACAUCUUUGCAACAUCUUCUUUGUGCGCUCUAAUACAUUAUCUAUACCACUCGCUAUUGCUCCAGAGCAGGUCUCUUGCUGGGCAUACCUUUUGGAGAUCACUCUCCCGAACUAUGGAGCUUUCGACCCUCCCGCAUUGAUCUACUGGCUCCCGAUGGGUUCGCUCAGUAGCUUCCUCUUCGUCUACGCGCUUGGUGGAAUCACCUUCAUCCCACUCAUUCUGUCCCUGACCCUACUCUACGCCUACCUCACACUUCCUACUGCGCGUCGCACGCAGAAAUCAUACCAGGAAGCAUCCGAUCCCCUCCGCCUGCCGACCGAUGACGACUUGAGUCCCAAAUCCGGCACCGACCAGCUUGCCGAGCAAUUCCACCGCACACAUGAGUCCGAUGUGGCAGCAGGAUACUUUGCUGUAUGCCGAGAAUAUGUUCCCGGGGGCGUGAAUGGGAAGCCUCCCGAGAGGACUACCCCCGCCGGGGAGGUGGUCGCGGCCGAGAGCCCCAGCGUUUACCAGGCCAUGUACCGGAGUCUGUUCGAUCGAAAGCAAGCACCGAGUAUUGAACCAAAUAAAGCGAAUGGGAAAACGACCAAGCGGGCCCGAAAUGUGUUUUUCAUUGUUCUUCGACACGGUCAUUUGAUGCUCUAUGACGAUGUAAACCAGGUAGAGGUGCGAUAUGUCAUCUCCCUCGCUCACCAUGAUGUGACCAUAUAUGGCGGAGAGGGUGAAAUUCCCGAAGGGGAGCUGUGGCUUAAAAGGAAUGCCAUAUGUCUCUCCCGGCGACUUGAAUCACUGGGAGACCUGGGAGGGCCAACUCCGCCCUUCUACCUCUUCUCAGAGAACCUGUCAGAGAAGGAAGACUUCUAUAUUGCCAUGCUGCAGAAUCAAAAUCGGCUAUGGGACUCGGCCGAUCGCCCGCCUAAGCCCCAAGAAUUUGAAACCAAACAUAUCGUCACUUUAGUCCAGCGUCUGCAUUCGUCCGAGGAGCAGCUGCAAACACGCUGGAUUAAUGCCUUGCUUGGAAGAUACUUUCUGGCAUUGUACCGGUCUCCGGAGCUGGAGGCAUUCGUGCGGAGCAAAAUCGUCAAGAAAAUAUCCCGGGUGAACAAACCAAACUUCAUCAGCAAAAUCGGGCUACAACGAAUCGACAUGGGCGAAGGAGCCCCGUUCAUAACCAACCCAAGGCUGAAAGACCUGACGGUGGAUGGGAACUGCUGCAUCGAAGCCGACCUUCAAUACACCGGUAAUUUCCGCGUCGAGGUCUCGGCGACCGUCCGUAUUGAUCUCGGUCCUCGUUUCAAAGCGAGAGAGGUUGAUAUUGUCCUUGCGGUUGUUUUGAAGAAACUUGAAGGCCAUAUGUUGGUUCGGUUCAAACCCCCACCCAGCAAUCGCAUGUGGAUGUCUUUCGAAACAACGCCUAAGAUGGAAAUGGAUAUCCAACCCAUCGUAAGUUCAAAGCAAAUCACAUACAGCCUUAUCCUUCGAACAAUCGAGAGCAAAAUUCGGGAAAUGGUGGCAGAAAGCAUCGUUUUGCCUUUUUGGGAUGAUAUUCCGUUCCACGAUACCUUGGGCCAAGCCUUCCGCGGUGGAAUUUGGCAGCAAGGCUCCCAAGAGCCAAGCGGCGAGGUAGAGAUACCUGAUGAAUCUGGUGAAGCUCCUCAGCCCCCGAAGAGUACUGGCGGGGAUCCAGUCGAGGUACUCAAAUCCAAGGAUGAUCGCACAAUGAGCAUGCCCACACUUUCGGAGCCUGCAGCAGCAAAGCAAAGACCGCGUAAAGGCCUGAAGUCAAGCCAUUCCGAUUUACAAACGGCACAAACCUCCACUGCAACUUCUACAGGAAUAGAAAGGCCAGAAAGUAUACCGCUCCCGCGAGCCAUUCGAUCACAGACUAUGUCCUAUGUUGCGGACCCGGUUGUUACUCCUGACAAUGCAAAAGUUGACAAACAUGUGUCGGACAACAAAGGCGAGGAGAAGAGCCAUGCCGCUAGCGCUAUGUUCGAGAUAUCGAGCAGGUCUCCGCCCGCAUCCCCGAAUCGCACCCCUGGCAGCUCGCCACCAUCGGCUAGCAUCACGAUGCCGGAAAUCGCGGUUCACAGUCGUGAAUCUUCAAUUGUAGACCCAAUUGAAGGCUCGAGCUUUGGCAAAGAUAAUGUAAUACAGAGACCCUCAUCCACUCGCAUGGAGAGUGGAUCCUUCUCCAGCUUGAGAAGCUCUCGGGGCAGCUCUACCACUUCGGUUGUCAGCGACUCUAGCCGGCGUCGCAGCACCAUUGAAACUAUUACCAAAUCCUUCACAACCAACGUUGCGUCUGAUGAUAAGCCUUCUGGUUCCAUGACCAUUGGAUCAGCUACGGCUGCCGCUAAAAAGUGGAGUCUGAGCGUGUUUGGGAAAGGCGACCAUACUCCUCACCAGGAGCCACCGCGAGAGGCCCCCGGUGUCACCGAUCAGCCGAUUGGACGUGGGCAUCCCCAUCCACCACCUGGAACCCCAUUGCCUCGUCCCGACAAGUAUGCCUUGAAGAGGAAUGCAGGAACGACUCCCAAGCGAAAGCCCGUGGCGCCACACGCAGGUGAACGCCCUAAAACCGCAGACAAACAACAUCCACCAUCACCUUUGCCUCGCAGGAAACCAAUGGCACCUGGAGUGCAUGCUGACGAAGGCAUUGAUGAAUUGCUUGUGGUAGAGGCACUCCACGACUCUGAACCUAAUAGCCCCGCUCCCGGUGAUUUCGAAUCAGAUCAAUCCCUGAGGAACCCGCCUAUAGGCACCGACAAAGUCGACUUGCUGAAAGAGAAGCAGCCCGUGGCCGAUAGUGAAACACAAGACGCUCUUGGUGCUGAAUCACUGCGCUCUGUUGACCAGAUGCCAGAUUCAACCCUCAGCAGCCCGGGUGUGCCCUCUACUGGAAGAGCUGAAGUGCCCUCAUCCUGA